GCAGAAUAAGCGCUCCAUUUACGCUGAAGAUAAUCCACAAGACGGUUAGAUAAAUCCUCGUUUCCUUGUUGCCUUAACGCUAUUUCGAACUGGAUCUCCAAAUGGGGAAGAAAUCUAGAGAGCAGUGGGAAGAUGGGGAAGCUGUGAAAUCCCUCUUCGGAACCGACAACCCUUAUCGACGUAAACCACAGCCGGACGUAGCCUGCUGCGAUACCGGUGUCAACAUUCUGCCCACGAAGAAAGUAAGGUUAGCAAUCGAUUACAGUGCUGCUGAGAAGGAAACGAUUACCGAAGGCAAAAUCUCGGACGUGGAGCAUUCCGAUGCGAGGAAGAGAAAGAGAGAUAGGGAGAUAAUAGCGCCUGCGCUAAGCCCUCGGUCCUCCGACGAGGAGCCUAUUACGAAGAAGCGGAAGAAGGUUGUGGUUGAGGCAGAAGUGGAUGGUUUAAAAAAGAAGAAGAAUAAGAGGAAGAGAGAGGAUAUGGAGUUGGAAUACGAGAAGAGGAAGUUCGGUUAUGUCGGAGAAGAAAAGCCGGCGGCCACCAUUUUAGCCAUUGGAGAGAAGAGGAAAGCUGAUGCUUCUGCUGCGGAGAUGUUGGAUACCAAGGGGCCAUUUGAUGAUGACAGCAAGCUAUUGAGGACUGUAUUUAUCGGGAACCUGCCGUUGAAGACAAAAAGGAAGGCUUUAAACCGGGAGUUUGCUAGGUUUGGAGAGAUUGAAUCGGUCAGGAUAAGAUCAGUGCCUCUUGUGGAUGCUAAAGCUCCUAGAAAGGCUGCUGUUAUCAAGGGACAAAUAAAUGAAGAAGUUAACAGCAUGAAUGCUUACAUUGUCUUCAAAGAGGAGCAAUCAGCCCAUGCUGCUUUGUCUAAUAAUAUGACACAGAUUGGUGGAAAUCAUAUCCGUGUUGAUAUGGCAUGCCCACCUCGCAAGAAAAUGAAAGGUGUUGCUCGGCUAUAUGAUAGAAAGAGAACAGUUUUUGUGGGCAACAUCCCUUUUGAUGUGAAGGAUGAAGAGCUCUACCAAUUAUUCUGUGGCCUGAGCCGGUCAGAACCAAAUGUUGAAGCUGUGCGUGUAAUCAGAGAUCCAAAUACAAGCAUUGGAAAGGGCAUUGCUUAUGUGCUGUUUAAAACCAGGGAAGCAGCCAACAAUGUAUGCAAGAGAAAAGACUUGAAGAUCAGGGACAGAAAUUUGCGCGUCUGCCAUGCUAAACCGGACGCCAUUCCAUCCGAAGUUGAAGAACCCCCAAGCAAAGAUUUUCCAAAUGGGAGGCCUUUGCCAGCUUCUAGUUCUGCACCUUCAGCAAGAGACAAUAAACAAAAGAGAGCAGAUACUUCUUCCGCUUCGUAUGAAGGCCUCCGCUCAAGCAAAACUGGCGUUGUGAAGAAAUCCUCUUUUCGGCCAUACCAGAGCAAUAGCACAACUGGCAGUGGUUCCAAGAGUUCUAGUUGGAAUGAGCAGCAGGAACACAAAAGGAAGCGGCCUGCUGUUGCUGCUAGGAAAGCGAAGCAGCUUCAAAAACGGAAGCAGUCCGGCGGCACACCGGAAAGUAGCCGACAAAAUAAGAAGGUGAGAAGGCAAUAGGGAGGGUUUCUGAGAGCACUGCAGGCUGUAGGACGUUUGUAGUUCUUUCUAGAGCUAGCAUCAUGCAUCUGUUUCUUUGGAGCAUUCUUAGGUUCAUAAUUGGAAGAUUUACAUAUAUACCACCACUCAAUUUCUACAUGUUUAGAUAUCUAACACC